AUGUCAAUUGUCUAUGGACCAGCAACAGUGCAGGCAGUAAAAACUUCAUCUACAUUAGCAAUGACAGGAGCGGAAGUGCAUGACAGUCAAUCCCACAAUAACAAGCCCGUAUAUGCUAAUCGAGCACAACGACAACACCAGCAACAACGAAAUUCUUAUGGUAGCAGCAAUCAAAAUGAUGUGUCUGGUGCUGCCUCCACAGCCGUGGAAAUAAGUGCAAUAGCAGCAAAAAGAAAUUAUGCCAGCGGCAAUAACGACAUCACUAGCGGCAUUGGUAACAGCAUCAGCAGCAGUAAUAGUCAUACCACGUAUGGUCGCAGCUUAAUGAAGGCGUUUAAUGGUCUCACCAGUCUCUCGGGUCUUCAACACAUUAGCAAUGGUUAUGGUACAGUCAAUGAUGAUGCCGCUUUAUCUGGUGUUGUUGGUAGCAAACAAGAGAUACCAAUUUAUGAGGAGCAGCAAGAAAACGAUUAUGAUGCCACUGCGAGCACAUCCGGCGUAACAGGAUACGCUGGUGAAAACAAUCAACAUACCAACAGCGGUGCUGGUGGUGCGUUUAGUAAUACGAUUUACAAUUUGCAUGCAGCUGAUACAACGCACAAUAGCUUCCUCCCAAUGUUAGACUGGCAUGGCAAGACGGCAGCAGCUUUGUCAACAGCAGCCACAUCAGCCUCACCAUAUACUGUAGCCUAUCCAGCCUCAUCAUCAUCCUCGUCGGGAACUUUGCAUCAACAUCAGUAUCCACAACAGCAGCACGAACAACAAUCGAGCGAUAAAAUCUCCGAUGGCAAUUUUCUACAACAUUACGAGCAUAAUUCCGGUUACAAUGAACUUUCAGCAGCAACGACAUUUGAACAACAACGCCAUCAUCAACAACACUCACACCAACAACAGCAACAAUAUUUUAGUCCAAGUGCCGAUAGUUUUUCGCCACAUUCUGCAUUCUCGUAUGGCAGCAGUGCAGCGGAUGCGAGUGAGCAAAAUUUUUAUGAACAUCAGCACUUACCACCACACUCCCUGCCAUCCUCAGCAACGUCCUCGGCAACAGCUCAUGGCGGCGAUGGCUAUGAUGACGCCACUAAUUAUCUAUCGACCUCACAUGCCACAAAUACAAACAGCCAACCAGACGUUAUAAACUAUGUACCCUACCCGGUUGUGAAGAAGCUGCAUGUACCUGUACAUCAGCCUGUUAAGAUUCCUGUCUCGCAUGCUGUCAUUGUGCCAAUCAGCAAACCUGUGCCAAUACAAAUUCCUGUCGCACAACAGGUACAAGUGCCAGUCGAGAAGGAAUUAAAAAUACCUGUCGAACGUGUUGUGCCAAUUCCAGUGGAAAAGCAUAUACCAGUGCCGGUGGAGAAACGUGUACCCUAUCCCGUAGUCAAAUAUGUGCCCAUCAAAGUACCACGUCCUUUUCCAGUUAAGGUGCCUGUUUUCAAAACUGUGCUCCACAAGGUUAAAGGAAGUUGGUGGUAA